AUGUCUGCUAACAACACUUCAGAGAUCAGGCAGGUUGCUUCUAGUUCUCAACAAAAAGCUUCCGCGAAACAAGGAAAACAACAAAAAGAUUCCUCAACAAAAUAUUAUCUUCCUUCUCGUGAGACUCUUUCCUCUUUAACUUCGAUCCCCUUCGUUGAUACUCACACACAUCUACAUUACGUAUUAGAACGUCUCGAAUCCACACCACUAAGACUUGAUAAUUAUUCGAUACUGCGUGACACACAUUUUCCAUCAAAUCUUGAAUUCUGUAUAAAUGUUCUCUGUGAUCCUGAAACAUUUGCUGGUGACACGCUUUUCCCAAAUACAUUUAGGGAUUGGCGUAUACAAGCUUCCGAACCUUACAUUUAUCUCGCUGCUGGAGUUCAUCCUCACAAUGCAAAAGUCUAUAAUGAUUAUAUAGAAUCUCUAAUGCUCACCAUCCUGCAACAUCCGAAAACUGUGGCAUUAGGCGAGAUUGGAUUAGAUUAUCAUUAUGACAAUUCCCCGCGUGAUGUGCAACAACAAAUUUUUAUUCGACAAUUGAAGAAGGCUGUUGAACUUGAGAAACCGAUUGUGAUUCAUACACGUGAGGCGGAACAAGAUACUUAUGAUAUCCUAACUAAACAUGUGCCAUCCCAUUGGCGAAUUCAUGUCCAUUGCUUUACUGAUUCACCAGAAUUCGCAAAAAGCUUGAUCGAAUUCUUCCCAAAUUUGUAUAUCGGAAUUACUGGAGUUGUGACAUUUGGAAGUGCAAAGAACACUCAAAACACGUUGAGAGAUCUUCCAAUAUCGAGAAUUUUAUUAGAAACUGAUGCACCAUUUAUGAUACCGUCAAAAUUGAAUAGGAAUAGAAGAUCAAAUGAGAAGGUGUCUGUAUGUCAUUCUGGAAUGAUUCCGUUUAUCGCUGAAAAAAUUGCAGAAAUAAAAGGCGUCGAAAUUGGUGAGAUUAUGCGUGCAGCAAGAGAAAAUACUAGAAAUAUGUAUGGAAUAUAA